AUGAUUGUAGGAAGCCCUUACAAGGAAGAUGAUAGAGGCACUUGCAGUGCUAGCAUAACCACAAUUUCACCAUGGUUCAAUGCAACAGGAAUAACCAUCCGACUGGUGAAUGGAAGGAACAACUGUGAGGGCCGUGUAGAAAUCAGUUACAACGGAGCCUGGGGGACGGUUUGUGAUGAUUCCUGGGAUUUCAGCGAUGCUGAGGUUGUGUGCAGGCAGCUUGGAUGUGGCUCUGCCAUUUCAUCCGCACAAAGUGCCUACUUUGGUCAAGGCUCCGGGUGCUUAUGCAACCAGCACAACCACGAGGCCGACAUGGGCUACAUCAAGAGUGUUGAGCACCAAGGAAUAACCAUCCGACUGGUGAAUGGAAGGAACAACUGUGAGGGCCGCGUAGAAAUCAGUUACAACGGAGCCUGGGGGACGGUUUGUGAUGAUUCCUGGGAUUUCAGCGAUGCUGAGGUUGUGUGCAGGCAGCUUGGAUGUGGCUCCGCCAUUUCAUCCGCACAAAGUGCCUACUUUGGUCAAGGCUCCGGGUAUAUUCACCUGGAUGAUGUGCAGUGCAGAGGAAAUGAGUGCUAUCUCUGGCAAUGCCCUCACCGGGGCUGGGGAAGCCAUAACUGUGGACAUAGUGAAGACGCUGGUGUCAUCUGUUCGGGUGCUUAUGCAACCAGCACAACCACGAGGCCGACAUGGGCUACAUCAAGAGAAAGUUAUUUUUGUGGUGGCAUACUUUCAAAUUCAUCUGGGACAUUUCACAGCCCAUUCUAUCCUGCAUAUUAUCCAAACAAUGCCAACUGUGUAUGGGAAAUAGAAGUAAUGAGCAAUUUCCGUAUAACUGUCAUGUUCAGAAAUAUUAUGCUGCAGUGCGGCUGCCACUAUGAUUACAUUGAAGUGUACGAUGGGCCACUAUAUACAUCUCCAUUGCUUGGGAGAAUUUGUUAUGGUUCCACUUACACUUUUACGUCAUCCUCAAAUUUGAUGACCGUUCGAUUUCAUAGUGACUACAGCUACACAAACAGAGGGUUUCAGGCUGACUAUUACUCCACACCAGCAGAUCAGAAUACUACGCUUCUGUGCUUGCCAGAAUACAUGAAGGCAGUUGUUAGCAGAGCCUACCUCAGUUCACAAGGCUACUCUGCAUGGGAAGUCAGCUUGAAUGACCCUUCUUGUAGACCAACAAUUACACCAUACUAUGUUAUUUUUGAUAUACCAUACACCCGCUGUGGCACCAGAAGAGAGGGAAACAGCAAUUCGAUCAGCUACUCCAAUAUGAUAAAAGCAAAUCCUUCUGGCAACUUUAUCACAAGACAAAAUGAUCUUCAUUUGCGUGUCACCUGCAAAAUGCUCCAGAAUUCCUGGAUACAAGUAAUGUAUCGUGUUGAUACCAAAAAUGUUACAGAGGUCAAUGAAACUCAGUACAGCAGAUAUGAUGUGAACCUUACAUUUUAUAGAUCAUCAUCAUUCUCACAGCCAGUCUAUGACUCGCCAUACUACGUUAACUUGAACCAGAAUCUAUUCCUUCAAGCUAAUCUUCACAGCUCUGACUCAAAUCUGGUGUUGUUUGUGGACACAUGUGUAGCAUCCCCUGAUCCCAAUGAUUUUACAACUGUGAUCUAUGACAUAAUCAGGAAUGGUUGCAUUAGAGAUUCUUCCUACACUACAUACUAUUCACCCUACAGUUACGUGGCCCGGUUUAAAUUCAAUGCCUUCCAGUUUAUUGGCAGACAUCCAUCUGUUUACCUGCAGUGUAAGAUGGUGGUGUGUAGGGCAUAUGAUUAUUCCUCCCGAUGCAACCAGGGAUGUCUCUCUCGUUCCAAAAGAGGUGCCAGACAUUACCAGAAACAAAUAGAUGUAGUUGUUGGACCCAUUCAGCUUCAGAGUGAUGGCAUCAAAAAUAGGAAUGCUGAAAUGGAUUCUUCACAUCUUCAGGAAAAUAUGGAUACCCAUCGCUCCGUUAUCAUUCCUAUUGAUAAUUUCCAUGCUCCAUUUAUUGUUACUGCCGUGGUCCUGGCAGUUGUUAUUAUCACUCUUGCUGGUUUUCUUCUGAAAAGGAAAGUAAAGAAAGAGAUUCCCUACAAGAUAAUGAUGUGA